AUCAAAUUCAGCACGUGUAUAAAAGUGCCAAACUUCAAUCGUGAAAACAUGGAUGAUAACCGUCAGGAGCAACAAUCGCACGAUGGACCUGCUGGCAUGAACCCAGAUGGAGUCAUUGAAUCCAACUGGAGCGAGUCGGUCGAUAACUUCGAUCAGAUGGGCCUGCGGGAGGAGCUCCUCCGCGGUAUUUACGCAUACGGUUUCGAGAAACCGUCUGCCAUCCAGCAGCGCGCUAUUACUCCGUGCAUCAAAGGGCACGACGUCAUCGCCCAAGCUCAAUCCGGAACGGGCAAAACGGCUACAUUUUCGAUUGCGAUUCUGCAGCUGAUCCAGACCGACAUUCCGGAUUGCCAGGCGCUGAUUCUGGCACCGACCCGUGAACUUGCUUCGCAGAUUCAGAAGGUGGUGAUCUCGCUGGGUGACUUCUUGAAGGCCCAGUGCCACGCCUGCAUCGGCGGCACGAACGUUCGCGACGAUAUGCGCCGCCUGGAACAAGGCUGCCACAUCGUGGUCGGAACGCCUGGUCGUGUCCAUGACAUGAUCUCGCGUAACGUGCUGCGUCCGAACAGCAUCAAGUUGUUCGUCCUCGACGAGGCGGAUGAGAUGUUGUCACGCGGCUUCAAGGACCAGAUUCAGGAUGUAUUCCAGAAGUUGCCGGCAGACGUACAGGUUAUCCUGCUUUCUGCUACGAUGCCUGCCGACGUGCUGGAAGUCUCGCGUCAUUUCAUGCGCGAUCCGGUAACAAUUCUGGUGAAGAAGGAAGAGUUGACGUUGGAAGGUAUCCGACAAUUUUACGUCGACGUCAAGUAUGAAGAUUGGAAGAUCGGAACGCUGUGCGAUCUGUACGAUACGCUCUCGAUCACGCAGGCCGUCAUAUUCUGCAACACCCGCCGCAAGGUCGACCAGCUGACCGAGCAGAUGACGGAGAAAACGUUCACCGUGUCCGCCAUGCACGGUGACAUGGAGCAACGCGAACGCGAUCUGAUUAUGAAGCAGUUCCGUACUGGCUCGUCGCGUGUACUAAUCACCACGGAUCUGCUCGCUCGAGGUAUCGACGUUCAGCAGGUUUCGCUAGUUAUUAAUUAUGACCUUCCAACGCUAAGAGAAAACUACAUUCAUAGAAUUGGACGUGGUGGACGUUUCGGUCGUAAGGGAGUUGCUAUCAACUUCGUUACUGAACAAGAUAAGCGGGUUCUCGCCGAUAUCGAGAAGCAUUACAAUACUACUAUUGAGGAAAUGCCAGCCAAUCUGGCAGACAUGAUUUAAUUGUCCCAAGAGAGCAUUUGUUUUCCCUCAAAAAAGAUUAAAAAAUAUAAAACAGGAGCAGAAACAGCAAGCAGACCAACGGCUCGGCGAUUAAGUGUUGUCUCUCUUCUUUCUUCUGUGUUCUCUGUGUGUAUUGUUGUUGUGUGAUUGGUGGCUCGGUGGUGGUUUUGGUGGAAACUGUGCAUCGAGCAAGGAUUAAACCGGAAGCUAGAUUCCAGAGACUUUACGGAGGGAAAGGAUAUCACGCUAGUGAAUGUAAGUUUAGAGCGAGUAAAGGAGGAACAGUGUGAAGAAAUACUACCACCAGAUCCAUCUAAAGAGAGCGUCAGCAGUUGGCAGCAGCAAGAUCGCGCAGGAGAAACGAAGUAGAGCUGCACCCCGCGAAUAGUAGAAGAUCGAAACAUCAGAAAGAGAAGUAAACUAUAUAGUGCUACUGUAUAGUGCGAAAAGUAGCGGUCGCAGCAGCGCAAAAGAACAUCAACAUCUUUCUAUAUAAACAAAAAUAAAAAAUCACGGUGUAAAAGGAAUUAAUAACAGAAACCUAAAUCUACUACUUUUAUUGCUAAUAAAAUUAUUCAAACCAACAACACAAUAACGAUGGAUAACAUAAAAUGGCAGUAAUGAAGUAAUGAAUCGAUACUGAGGGAAAUCAGACAGAAACCGAAAACGACGGGCAGGACGAAAUAAAAAUUGACGUUGGCGGAGAGCGGAGGGUGACUAACGCGCUCCUUUCCUUCA